AUGGGUACAUUUGAAGGAGAUCAUAGCAAAAUAGAUACAACUGUAGAAGGUGUUAAAGGAGCAGCAGGGCCACAAGUACUAAACGGUGAUAAGGGUGUGAUACUGGUCCAAAAGGAGACAAAGGGGCCACUUGGUAGUGGUUGUGCUGGGUCUCAGGGUCCUAAAGGUGUCGAAGGAGAUACUGUAACACAAGGACCAAAAGGUGAUACCCGUUUUCAUGGUCUAAAAGUUGACAAAGGAGAUACCGGUCCUCAAGGUCCUAGGGGUGAUAAAGCUGACAUUGGUGUUAGAAGUCGAAAAGUUGAUCAAGGGGACACUGGAGCACAAGGACCUAAGGGUGAGGAAGGUGAUACAGGACCACAGAAGCUAUCUGGUUGUGGUGAUUCUGCAGACCUUUUAACUGUUUUAUUAUUUCGUGGAACUCAGCUAAUGGCAGGUACUUUGUAUAUGAACAGUGAAAAGUUUGUUAUUCUUGGAGAUCCAUCAGGUGCAAGAGAUCCUAAUAAUAAAAAGUAUGUUGACACUACCGGAAACAACACACUGAGUGGCUCUGAGACUUUCCAAGUUGAUAUAAACAUGAAUAACAACGGUAUUAAGAACUUGAACUUUAGCAUUGAAGAAUAA